AGCAGAAGCCGUGCAGUUUCCCACCGACACUCGCUGGGGGAGCUUCAUGGAGUUUGCAGGGCGGCUAAGACCUUCCGAGGCCUGCAACUACCUAGAAGUGCCAGGCCUCAGCGGCUUGGACCCCGAUGAAGACGAAGGCGACCUGAUCGUCGGCUUCAGACCCAAAUCUUCUCCCAUCCCAUCCAGAAGGAGCUCGGUCUCGGAUGAAGACUCAGAUCCCGAGCCCCCUCUCUGCGGCUCCCGGAGGGUGUCGUUCGCCGACGCCAAAGGCCUCAGUCUGGUGCAAGUGAAGGAGUUUGCUUUGUGGGACGUACCAAAACUGCCAGGCCAUGACUCGGCAGACGGCGAGGGUAAAGAUUUAGUGGAAUACCACCUCUCGCCGUUAACUUUCUCCCUGCCGCUGUCACCCAAAGACGUGCGCGCCAAAGUGUUGGAUCAGAAAGUUGAGCUGGAAACAAUCGGGUUGCUCCCGGGGACCACGAUACUUAAAGGAGUGAUCCGCGUUCUCAACAUCUCCUACAACAAGUCGGUCUUCAUCAGAACCUCCUUGGACCGGUGGGUCACCCACUUUGACCUCCUGGCAGAGUACGUCCCCGGCUCGAGCGACGGCGUGACGGACAGCUUCUCGUUUAAGCUCACCUUGGUGCCGCCGCUGGGGGAUCAGGGAGUCAGGGUGGACUUUUGUCUGCGGUACGAAACGCCGGCGGGGACAUUCUGGGCUAACAAUACCGACAGGAACUACGUGGUCUCCUGCCAGCGCGGAAUGAGAGAGGGAACGGAGAAGCCGCAGAGGGAAAGCGCAAACAAGAAAAGCUGCCUGAAGGCCGCCAGUCAGAGUGUCUCCACUGUGGAAAGCAUUUCAUCAAAGCCAGCUUCAACACAGGAAAAUAUGUCAACAGAUGAGUCUGUGCGGGCACUGGAGGUGGGCGCUUCGACCGCCAAGAGAAUCUCUGAAGGUCAAUCGGCGACUUCAAACGGAGAGGGUCAGACGUUGUCGGUUGAGAACAAACAGAACGGCAGCAGAAGAAGGCAAAGAAAAGCCGCACGGAUGGCCAGGCUGAGGGACUACUAUGCCCAGAGAGACGAUGGAGGGGAUGAUGCUUGCACGGACAAAGGAACCUCCGAAACCAAACAGGCAACCUGUAAAGCAAUCCCAGGAGAUCGUGUUGUCGGCCUGCAGCCAUUUGAUGAGGGGAAAAUUCAGUCACAAUGUCCUCAGGUUGUUUUUGAAGCCCUCGAAGCGUGCAGCACACCUCUGCAUAAUCCCGCACAUGACCACACGUCCACCAAGCAAAUGAAAUCUGACCUGCUCGUAUUAGCGCGAGGUGAGAGUGCUUCAGAUAUCUCAAACAACCCCCUGCUUUCAGCCCGUGAGCCCACUCCAGCUGAGCAGCAAAACGUCGGCGAGAUUGUCACCACAAAUCAGGACACAUGCAUGACUUUAGCAUGCACUAACAACUCAGCGACACCGAACGGUGAAAGCCUCAUUAGCCGGAACCCCAGUUUCCCACUUGGCUCAGUGGUUGCCCCGCUGUACCAUCAAGCGUUUCAGAGGGGGGCAGGUGAAAACAACGCUUUAAAUACUAGAGACUUUAAUCUUCCCUGUGAAAGCAGACAGGCCUGUGACAUUGUUCCAAUUAACACUAGAAGUAGCAUGGGCAAAGUGCAGGCAAAUCUGACCGACACUCAGGGGUCAAACGUUGAAUGCUUAGCUGUCAACCUGAUCAGUCCAACCUCUGAAGGGAACGAGACAGUGGAUAAGACCCCAAGGUGUGCAGACAUUGUACAGAAUCCAACUGAGAUGGAAAAGAACCAGAACCAGCCAGAUCAGAGCAGUACUGACACAUCUCCAGGUCAGCAAUGUCUUUUGGAAGACAGCGUUCCACCCGAGAGUGUCAACUCCCAGACAGACGCACAGAAGGAAAUUAUGGCCUAUGAAGUAGCUAAACCACCACAGUGUCAGUCAUCAGAGCAAAAUCCCUCCAUCAUAACAGCUAAUGUAGAUGAAACACUAGCACAGGACGAAAGUAAAGCGUGUCCCAGACCUGUUCAGAUUAUGCCAGGGCAUGUUGUCGAGGGAGCCGAACAACUGGUCAAUGGGGAGAUAAACUGUGAGUGCCCCGAUGUCAACAAGGACGAUGAAAGUAGGAAGACUGACACGACUUUCGUGGAAGACAAUUUUUUACAGGUAUUUGACGAAUUAGAUUCCAACCAAACUGAGAGUGAAGGUUGCCUUAAUAGUCUGGUCUAUAUUUGCAAACCAGAAAGAACGGAUCUGACAUCGUUAGAUGUGUCUUUGGAAACUGACGAGGACAGAAAUAUGGAGAACAAAGAUGUUUUUGCCUCAGAAACAGGUAACGAAAGCAACUUUGGCCGUAUCAAGGCAAUGUAUGAGGUAGCUCAGUCCAUCAUGAAUGAGGUUAGGAGUAGCUGUCAAUGUCAUGCUGACAUGUCUGGAACCGCCACUGGUCAAAAUGUUCUGGAAAAGAAAGGGCAGUGUGAGACGGACUCCUCUUUCUUAAAACAAGAUGAGGAUUUCCUUUUAAUAGACGUUGUUGAGGGGAAAAACUGGGAAACGAUGGUCGAAGAGGAGGAAGACAGUGUUUUAUCAAAAGAGGGUGAGCUGCUAAAUUUAAAGACAGAGGCCAAUGAAACAGAUGAGAAAGUAGAAGAACGGACAGAUAUCAAGGUAGACGAUGCAGAGGUGUUGGAGAACCAGGGGUGCAUUGGGCAGAAAUGCAAGCAGGUUAAUGUCAUGAAGACAGAGAGAACAGAAAGCACUGAAGUAGAAAAAAUGGACGGUCAAGAAGGAACAGAACUGCAGAAUGUAACAGAGUUACAGUCAGUCAGUGCAGACAAGUCAAGUGUCGAAGAUGAAAGGGAAAAGAUGGAAAUAGACAUGAAGCAGGAUGAUCUGGCACAGCUGAUCAAUGAGAAUGGAGAGCAGAAGAAUGCAGAUUUUCAAGACAUAUUCCAUGUUAGCGAAGGAGGUGAGAUCGUAAUUAUAGAUGCAGACUCAGACAUGGCCAUGCGAAACAGAGAGGCUGAACUGGGGUCAGACUUUAGUCAAAACAAGGUCGGAGAUGGUUUGCCCGCUCUAGUGGGCAGGGCUCCCAACGCCGACACAAGUGAGAGGCAACAGGCGUGCAUCCAGACCGAUACCCUUCAGUCCGAUGAUACAGGAGUUCAAAGCAGCAAGGAUGCCACGGGUGACCCAUCAAACGCAGACACCGAGCGCUCUACUUCCGAAGGAGGUAUGUGCGAUUCGGCGGACGACCCUGACAGCGCUUCGGGAGACUCGGACUCUGACGAAGAGCUGCUGUUGUACGUGCACUGCCUGAGGGCUUCUGGUGCACCAGCACAGAUCCAGAAAGACAAGAUCAGAGAUGCGGGAUUCAAAGCUCUCAAAAGGCCCUCUAUAAGCAGGGGCAAAGUACCACCGAGGUCCAUGCCGUCAAUCUGUGAAGCUGUGGAUGAAGAACCACAACAUGGCAGCCCUCCAGAGAUCCAGGAGGGCAUGAAAACAGCCGCUGAGGCAACAUCUGACCCACAGGAGAGCAUUAACCCAAAUGAGUGGAGGUGGAAAGACUUGUUUUCUUGCAGCAAUGCCUCCAAAACAUUGCUCUACGCCUCCUUGAUAGUGAUAUUUACAGUCGUGGCAUACCAUUAUGAUUUCCUUGCCUGCUUCUUGCUUUACUUGAUAUCAGUCAUUUGGCUGUGCUGUCAAGGAGAGAGCCAAUUGUUCAGAAACAAGUAAAAAAGACUGAAAGACACUGUGGAAGGCCAUUUUAAGUCUGUUUUAAAGAGACUCCUGGGCAUUAAACCUUAUUUGUGAUGCAUAUGAGAAUAAAAAGAAUGUAUUUUCCCUAUGGGAGGAUGUUUAGACUCUGUUGUCAAGAGUAUAAACAAUUACCUGUAUGAUUUUCUGUUGACAAGACGUAGUCUGAUCCAAGCAGAUUGUCGUUGUGGAUUAUUAAUCAGUUAUGGAAUGAGCUUCUGAAAAUAAAAUAAAAACGAUGAAACGCUUGUGUUUUCGUCAUAAUAAUGAUAAUAAAUGACUUAAUUGAUGAA